UUGACAUCGAAAAUACAAAAACAUGCCAGAAGCUCAUGCGUGUAUGUUUUUAUAGGUUAAAAGUGUAAAACAACUUCGUUUAAAAUUAAAUAGGAUACAUAAGUCUAUCAAAAUGGUUAAGAAGAAAAUAGAUAACCGUAUAAGGGUAAUGAUAGAGAAUGGCGUUAAGUUGGGACAUCGUACCAUGUUUCUUCUCGUGGGAGACAAAAGCAGAGACCAAGUACCUAUUUUGUAUGAUAUGUUAGUAAAGUCUACUGUCAAGGCCAGACCCACAGUUUUAUGGUGCUACAAAAACAAAGACGAAGCUAUAAGCAACCAUGGCCGCAAAAGAGCAAAAAAGAUAGCAGCAGGCAAGUUGGAAGUCUCAGAAGAAUCUCUAUUUGAUUCAUUUAGAGUGGCCACCACUAUACAUGGCAGAUAUUACUCCGAGAGUCACACCAUGCUGGGUCAGACAUAUGGCAUGUGUGUGUUACAGGACUUUGAAGCUCUCACACCUAACUUGAUGGCACGGACAGUAGAGACCGUGGAGGGAGGUGGUCUGAUUGUCUUCCUGCUGAAGUCCAUGGACUCUUUAAGACAACUGCAUUCUAUCACUAUGGAUGUACACUCCAGAUUUAAGACAGAGGCAUAUGACACAGUAGUAAAUCGCUUUAACGAGAGAUUCCUUCUGUCACUGGCUGACAACCCUCGCUGUCUAGUGCUGGACGACUCGCUCACCGUCCUGCCUAUAUCGUCCAAGACUGCGCAAGUCGAGCCUGUUGAUAACACAGCUGAGCGUGUAAACCCGAAGCUGACGGAGCUGAUAUCGUCUCUGUCGGACUCUCCGCCGGCGGGGCCGCUGGUCGCGUUGUGUCGCACGUACGACCAGGCCACCGCACUCGUCGCGCUCAUCAAUACACUCGCCGAUAAACAGUCUAGGCCUCCACACUGCCUCACAGCGGCCCGAGGUCGAGGCAAGUCGGCCUGCCUGGGCUUGUCCAUAGCCGCCGCUGUAGCACUCGGCUACGUCAACAUCUACGUGACGUCACCACAUCCAGAGAACUUGAUCACCUUAUUCGAGUUCCUACUUAAAGGACUCGACGCUUGCCUGUACCAAGAACAUAUAGAUUACAAUAUAGUGAGGUCAACAAACCCGGAUUUCAAGAAGGCUAUUGUCAGAGUUAAUAUCGCGAGGAAUUCUAGGCAGACUGUGCAGUACAUAACCCCUGACGACCACUCGCUGCUCUCCGCGGCGGACCUGGUGCUAGUGGACGAGGCGGCGGCUAUCCCCCUGCCGUACGUAUCGGCGGCGGCCCGGCGCGCGCCCCUCGCCCUCCUGUCGUCCACGGUGUCGGGCUACGAGGGCACGGGCCGCGCGCUCUCGCUCAAGCUGUUCGCGCAGCUGCAGACGCAGCAUGAUGCGCCGCCGCCCAUAAAACUAGAAGAACCAAUUCGUUACCGUUCCGGUGACCCGAUAGAGGCGUGGCUAAACUCCCUCCUGUGCCUGGACGCCCCGCCCCCCGGCGUGGGCGUGGGAGCCCCGCCCCCCGCCUCCUGCGAACUGUAUCGCGUUAACAGGGACGCUCUGUUCUGCUACCACAAGGCGGCUGAGGCAUUCCUGCAUAGAUUAGUUUCUAUUUACGUGGCGAGCCAUUAUAAGAACAGUCCCAACGACAUCCAGCUCCUGGCGGAUGCGCCCGCGCACUGCCUGUUCGUCCUGUUGGCGCCCACCCCGCCCAACAGUACCGCCAUGCCGGAGAUACUGUGCGUCAUACAGAUGUGUCUGGAGGGGAAUAUAUCUGACAAGUCAGUUCGCGACAGUCUGGGCCGCGGUCGCAAGGCGGCCGGGGACCUGAUCCCCUGGAACAUCUGCGAGCAGUUCGGAGACAAGGACUUCCCCAAGCUCUCCGGCGCUAGGGUCGUGAGGAUAGCCACGCAUCCUUCUUAUCAAAGGAUGGGCUACGGCAAGCGCGCCCUGCAGCAGCUAGCCGCGUACUACUGCGGGGACAUCCCGUGUCUGGACGAGGACCACUCUGAUGAUGACGAUGCUAAAGCUAACGGCAGCGGAACUCUGCAGACUGAGAAUAUUGUACCUAGAGCCAAACCACCAACUCUGCUGAAGCGUCUUACAGAAGUCAGGGCUGAACACUUGGACUACUUGGGAACUAGUUUCGGUUUGACGGAGGAACUGCUCAAGUUUUGGAAGUCACAGAAAUAUGUACCAGUUUAUCUUAGUCAAAAGACAAACGAGUUGACGGGCGAACACUCCUGCAUAAUGCUCCGGUCGCUGAGCGAGGCCGCGUGGCUGUCCGCCUACAGUGCGGACUUCCGCAAGAGACUCUCUCGUCUACUAGCGAGGGCGCUGCGGCCUCUGCCUGCCUCACUCGCGCUCUCCACACUCGUCAACGAUAACGUCAGCGUCGAGAAACCAGUCCUUACAAAGCAGUUGAUAGAGCAACACCUCUCCGGGCACGACCUCUCUCGCCUGGAGUCAUACUGCCGCCAGCAGGCUGACUACAGACUAAUCACCGACCUCCUAGCGCCGCUCGCCAACCUUGUCUUCCACGCGAAGACGAAAAUAAAACUGGAUGCUAUACAGCAAGUCCUGUUCAUAGCUAUGGGCUUCCAAAUGAAAGAUGUUGAUGACAUAGCAACAGAACUAGGUCUACCAGGCUCACAGAUCCUCGCGAAGUUCUACGAAGCCUGCAAGAAGAUAAAUAACUCUUUCAACGCUGUUCUAGAAGAUACUGUGGCUAAGGAAAUCGGUAUAGAAGAUAAGAAUACGGAUGAUGUUGAAAUGGGCCCAGUUAAACAGAGCUUGCAGGAUGAACUGUCAAAGGCUGCUAAGGAAUUGGAGCGCAAACAACGUAAGGAGUUGUCUCGUCUGAUGGGUGAGGAUCUAGCGCAGUACCGCAUCAAGGGCAGCGACCUCGACUGGGGCCAGGCCCUCGCUGGGACCAAGGCCAAACAACUCGUUUCCGUUAAAAGUGGCGAGAAGCGUCUCGGUGACGACAGCAAGGAGAUCGACGACCUCAUAGAAGCUCACUCGCAGAAGAAGAAGAAAAAGAAGAAGCACGUACGGAACCAAGUGUAAUAAACUAUGUAUGUUACGUUAUA